ACAAAGCCCCUCCUAUAUCCGGUGAGAAACCGCUAUCAGCCAGAAAAUUGUACCGACUUGGAGUCCGUUACAUGGGUAUACAGUAACAGAAAUCCCCGUCGUUUAAAAAAAGUACUUAUUUUCGAAGUUCGGGGCCUCUAAGGGAAACUCACAGACAACAUGCCCGGGGAAAGGUAACCGUACUCGGAGUGCUGCUGCCUCCUCAUCCGGCUAAAGGACGGAGCAAGACGGCUAAACGCCAAUGGAGAGGCCGGGUAGGCUGCUGCUGCAGUCGGAGCUCCGCGUCAGAAAUGCCGCGUACGAUGUAAGCCUGAGCCGGUCACUGCUCAUCUGGAAGAGACGGACCUCUAGUCCCGUGUACCACCCGUUCAGACCCAGAUUUUGUGUUCCUUUGUUUCCUCGUCGACCUGAUCCAGGUGUCUGUCACAGUGUCCCAGUGUCAGAGAUCAUCUCUGUCAGAGAGGAAGAGGAGGAGAAUGGCAGCAGACAAAGAGACGAUGGCAGCUGGAAAAAGAUCAGAGAAAGAGAGGGAAAGGACUGCAGGCAGGCCUUCACAGUGUUGUACGUGGAGAGGUGUCGGCAGCACCGCUGGCGGUGUGCUGAAGUCACCUUCACUUGUUCGGAUGAGGCGGUGUGUCAGCACUGGGUCAGCAGCAUCAGAGAGCAGCUCGCCAGUAACACCAGCAGACCAAAACAUCUGCUGGUUUACAUAAAUCCAUAUGGUGGGAAGCGUCAGGGAAAACGGAUCUACGAGCAGAAAGUUGCCCCCCUGUUCACACAGGCUGGAAUCUCCACCAGUGUUAUUGUGACAGAGUACGCCAAUCACGCCAGAGAUCACUUGAAGAUGGAGGCAGAGUUGAAGAAAUUUGAUGGUGUGGUGUGCGUUGGAGGGGACGGCAUGUUUAGUGAGAUCAUCCACGGACUGAUCUGGAGAACACAGAUCGACUGCGGCGUAGAUCCAAACAGUACAGAGGAGGCACUGUCUCCCUGCUCCCUACGCAUCGGAAUCAUUCCUGCAGGUUCCACAGACUGCAUCUGCUUUGCUUCUGUGGGCACAAAUGACCCCGUGACCUCUGCACUACACAUCAUUGUGGGAGACUCUCAGCCGCUGGAUGUGUGCUCAGUUCAUCACAACAACAUGUUCCUGCGAUACUCUGUGUCGCUGCUUGGAUAUGGUUUUUAUGGCGAUGUGCUAUCAGACAGCGAGAGGAAGAGAUGGAUGGGGCCUGCAAGAUAUGACUUCUCAGGUCUGAAGAUGUUCCUGACUCAUCAUUACUACGAAGGAACAGUGUCCUACCUGCCAGCCAAAGGUAUCAUAGGAACGCCACGAGACGCGACCAGGUGUCGAUCUGGGUGUGUAAUUUGUCAGCACAAUGGACAGCUAAAUUCAGAGAGAAGCGAGAAGUAUGAGAUGGAUGAAGCAUCAGACUCUGAGAGUAGUGGCGAGUGGAGGACGAUUCGAGGAAAGUUCCUCGCUAUAAACGCUGCCAGCAUGAGCUGUGCUUGUCCUCGCAGCCCUAAAGGCCUCUCGCCUGCUGCCCACCUGGCUGACGGCACCACAGACCUCAUCCUCGUCCGAAAAUGUUCCCGUUUCAACUUCCUUAGACACCUCCUACGACACACCAGCAAAGAUGACCAGUUUGACCUUACCUUCAUUGAGGUCCAUCGAGUGAGGCGUUUUCGUUUCAUGCCACGUCACUGCCAAAGCGACUCGGACCUGGAGUUGGACUUGCAUGAGAAUAGCAAGCGGCAGAUCUUCAGCCAGAUCUGCAAAGACCACCCAGCUUGUGGCUGUGCACCCGCCUACAGCAGCUGGAACUGCGAUGGCGAGAUCCUGACCCACACAGCCAUUGACGUCAGAGUGCACGGCCAGUUGAUCAAGCUGUUUGCUCGAGGGAUUGAAGAACUGCCAGUGUUUGAGGAUCUCUCCAACCCCUGUGCAAUAUAGAUCUCCACCAGUCUGUCCCCAGGCAUUGGAGCCAUCUGAUUAUGGCCGCCGCCUAAAGCACUGCUACCACCUCCAUCAUGUGAUGCUCAUCACAUCUUUCACUUGAAAACUCAACUGGCUAAGUUACAUUGUUACUCAACAAAUGUCAUCAGCGUAGUCAGAAAUGAAAUUUUACUUUCCAGGUCUGAGGAUUUAAGGUGAUUUCCUCACAGGUGGGAAGUGAUGCUAAAACUGAUGAAACUCUAGAUGCAGAAAGUAAAACAUCAACCUCAGAUUUUGGAUUUUUUGCUAGAUGACUGUUGGUGUUUGGUUGGAAUGGUUGUUGGGUGUUUGGUACCAAAUUUAUUUAAUAUUGAACUCAGGCUUGAAGCUGAGACUUGCACAGUUUUAGAGUGAACUCAAAACCAAAGAAACCAAAACUCAAACAAUGAACUUGUCCAUGUCUGCACAGCCUAAAUUGUCCUGUAGUUCUUGAGUCCUGCGAUAGUGAGGUCCUGACCCACUAUGCCAGUCUUAUUUUCUCUUAACUCAGACUUGUUUUGAUUUGAUUUCAUUCUUUCUUUGUUGUUUGUCUCAUUGUUUUACUUAUCAACUCAGAUUUGACUCUCUCACUGACUUGUUUUUUUUAAUCUGGACUUGUUAUGAUUGAUAUGUGUUCAGCUUCACCUUUGAUGCUGAAACAUGUGUUAAUCACAAGUAAUGCUAACUUGUUUUAUCAUUAUUGGUGUUUGUUUUGUGACAAAUCGUUGUCCAGUCUCGUUUCCAUCUUCUAUCUGUUUUGACCAGUCAUGGGUACUGUUCCUAAUCGUUUUCAGUCAAAGCUCCAACUCUUAAGCUAGUUAAACUGUUCAAACAUGUGGGCUUUGAUUUUGAUCUGUCACAAGUGUUUCAAUAUCUUGCUCUUGUUAUGGUCUUCUUUCUCAGUUUCAGAUGUUCGGAAUUAACUGUUACAUGCCAGACACCCUACAAUCAUUCCCAGAGUCAUCUGAUCAUUAGGGGUUUUAGCUCAUUCAUUAAAGGUUGAAGGAAAUUGGGUGAGUAUUUACAGAAAAUAAUUCUGAUGAGACUUGUUUCCACAGCUCCAACUUUUCAUCUAUCAAUCACAGCAUUCACUGCAAUGGGACGCAUUCAGCUUCUCAAACAAGUCCAUCAGAGUUGUCUCUUUGGUUCCUUACUUUUUUCUGUGAGACUCGAGCUCAGUCGUAGCUUUGCAAUCAUUUUUUCACUCUUUUUAAUUAUCAGAAAAUAAGAAAAAAAAUUCUCAAAGAUACUUUUCAGUCUCAUUUCAGUCAAGCUGGUCAUGGCUGGGUAAACUGAGCAGCGCACAAAUAAAUCCUUUUUAUCUUCCAUUUCUGCUGAAUAUGCAACUCAGUCUGAGUACAGACACAAAGAAAGAAAAAAACAUGAUGCUUUAACAGCAGUUUUACACACUAACUGUACAAUAAUCUGUAAUGUCUGUGAUAUGUGAGCUCAAGCUGUAGCUGUAAAAUCAGUUUUUCUGUAGUAAAGCAUCGUUUUGAA